GUAGUUAAAAAAAAAUAAACGACUUUGCAAAUGGAAAAAGGAAAACGUACAAGAGAGAGUACAUAGUCAUCUUGUGCUGACGGCUGUGAUUGGUCGACACAAGCCUGUUUUUCAAAUCACGUGAUGUUUCCGGAAGUGGACGUGAACCACCGUUGAUUGGAGAACUGAUCUGCAUUGUCAUGAAAUCCAUCUUUUGUGCAGCAUCACAACCCCAUUUAAAAACGCAGUCCUGCUCGUUUACAGCGACAGAGCCGGCUGACUGUUGUUCUGAACAUAACGUCACUGUCGCAGUGAAGAAAGGAGCUAGCUCACGUUAGCUUUAACCUCAUGUGCUAACCGUCUCUACAGCCUCUCUCCUCCUCUCCUCCCGGUCACCUCAGCCCCGGUGUCGCUAUGUGCGGCCUCCUGCUGCCGCUGCUGCUCGUCGUGCUGUCAGCCUGGUCUGGAGCUGGAGACCCGGCGGGAUCCGAUCAAGUCGACGGAGCUCCGCCGUCUAAAAUCGCGGUGGUCGGGGCGGGGAUAGGAGGCAGUGCCACAGCCCAUUUCCUGCGGCAGCACUUUGGCCCUGAGGUCCAGAUAGACGUGUUUGAGAAGGGGGAGGUCGGAGGCCGUCUUGCCACCGUAACCGUUAAUCACAACGACUACGAGUCUGGAGGCUCCAUCAUUCACUCCCUCAACCUCCACAUGCAGGAGUUUGUCAAACAGCUAGGUUUAAAGUAUCGACGCAGCGUGGCGGGUAAGACAGCAGUGUUUAACGGCGAGGAGGUGAUUCUGGAGGAGACAGACUGGUACCUGCUGGACCUGUUCCGACUGUGGUGGCGCUAUGGCAUCAGCUUCAUACGCCUUCAGAUGUGGGUGGAGGAAAUUAUGGAGAAAUUCAUGAGGAUCUACAAGUACCAGGCCCACGGCCAUGCCUUCAGCUCGGUGGAGGAACUAUUGGACUCUCUUGGGGGGAGUGGCUUCAUCAACAUGACCCGGAGGCCGCUCUCUGAUUCGCUACUGGAGCUGGGUGUGUCGCAGCGUUUCAUCGAUGAGGUCAUCGAGCCUGUCAUGAGGGUCAACUACGGACAGAACGUCAGCAUCCCUGCCUUUGUAGGCGCUGUGUCUUUAGCUGGUGCCCAGAACAACCUGUGGGCGGUGGAAGGAGGCAACAAGCUGGUAUGUUCUGGCCUGCUGAAGAUGGCCAACGCUAACCUACUGCAAGCACAAGUCAGCUCCAUCUCGCCUGUCUACUCAGGGGAGGUUCCCCAGUACGAGCUGAGCUUCACCACAGCAUCAGAGACGGGAGCAGAACUGUAUGACAUUGUGGUGUUGGCGACGCCGCUCCAGGCCAGUGUCAGGUCAGGGGUCCGGUUCCAAGGUUUCACCCCUCCCUUUGAGGAGCUCCCCGGCGACUAUCACAGCACUGUAGCAACCAUCGUCCAUGGUUACCUCAACACCACUUUCUUUGGUUUCCCGGACCCUCGCCUUUUUCCCUUCGCCAGCGUCUUGACAACUGAGACGCUCGAUCUGUUUUUCAACAGCGUGACAAGUGUUUGUCCCGUCAACAUCUCCACUGGCUUCCGGCGUAAGCAGCCCCAAGAGGCAGGAGUCUACAAAGUGUUCUCACCACAACCUCUGGACAAGACUCAGCUCAAAACACUGUUCAGGUCAUACUACUCCGUGCAGGUGACAGAGUGGCAGGCCUACCCUUGUUACGGCAGCAGUCAGGGACUGCCGCCUGUGGAGCUCCACCCAAAUCUCUACUACCUCAAUGGCAUUGAGUUGGCUGGCAGCGCGAUGGAGAUGAGCUCAGUAGCGGCCAAGAACAUCGCUCUGCUGGCUUACCACCGCUGGAACCGACAGACGGACAUGGUGGACCAGAAAGAUCUAAUGCACAGGAUCAAGACUGAGCUAUGACCUGGUAAACUGAAAACCUUAUAGCAUCACAAAGCCGAUGUAUUAAGGUGCUAAAUUUUACAUUUCGACUGAAGUCUCUAGUGGCCAAGUAUAUUGAGACACAUCCAAAAAUACAACAUACAUUUAAUUGACUGAAUCAAUGAUAAAUUAAUUGAACAUAAUCUGACCCUGCCAUUCUAAAGAAACUUAAACAUACAAAAGAAAAACAAGUCAAGUCGAGUUUAAAAUUCACUAAAGACAACCGUGGUCCUGCGCUACCUUUCAAAGAUUGCUUUGUUUUCUAUGUGAGAGACAUUGCACAUAUGAGACAGUACUGGUUGAGGAUUGAUGCUAAUGCUAGAUAGUGGUUUUAUCCAAAAAUUCAGCUGCUUGAAGCUUUUCUUUGCCAGGAAAUAAUGAAACCAAGCAACCGCCGCACUUUAUCUCAGUCGGACGUGAAUGGACUCUUGAGAGCUUGUUUUAUGAGUUGCCGCUGGUGCGAGUGAACACCAGUUAAUAUGGGUAUUAGUUUAAGGUCACUGGUGAUGCUCUGUGUAAAUAAACAUUGCUGUGGUCAAAUUUAAGAAAAACACUCUUGGAAUCAAGAUUGAGAGCAUGAAUGAGAUUCUUAUAAAUGGCUGCUUUCUGUCUGCGCUGCAACAGCUAUGAGAUAUGAGACAGAUCAGUGUUUUAACUGUCAUAUAAUCAAAAACAACUGCAGCUCUGCUAUUACUGUCUAUACAUUGUACGACUGUUAAUGGAUAGGCUGCUGGCCCAAAUCUAUAAAUAGAUUUCUGUAGGAUUUUUUUUAAAUUAAUGAAAUAAUUAUUCAGUGACUCAUGGCAGGGGCCACUGGUUCUAUUCUAUGUUGCCCCUUUCAUCAGACUGUUUCAUUAUCUUCCCUUCCUGCUGCUUUUGUUGCAUAAUACAGUGGAAAGAAUUUUUUUCAGGGAACAGAGCCAACAAGCUUUCACACUGGACCGCAUGAAAGCAGAGGACCGAUCAGUGGAGCUGCUGGUGGUAAUGAUGACACUUUCACCCCGUUUUCUCUCAAGCCCUAUAGCUUUAUUGAGAUCCUACAUAUAAUAGUCGCUGUUAUCUUUAAAAAAAACAUUUGAAGAUACAGUUGGACAUUCGCUUUCAGAAAUGGCAAGUGCAAAAAAAGUUGGCGUGAUAUGAAAACCCUGACUGUUGAUUACCUUCAUAAGACUGAGAAUUGCUUGUUUUGUUCAUUUAGAAUUGAAAAACUGUGGAUUUAGACUGAAGUGGAUUUCUGGACUUGGAAAACCUUAUUUAACUGUUGUCAACAGAAAACUUUGUUAUUCGAAAGGGCUUUAGUUGACAGAUAAUGUGAUCAUGUUCUGUGAUGAGAAAACGCCACAACCCUGUAAUCUGAUGGAAUUGUGUCAAAACUCUACAAUGGCGUCAGAAAUCAUGUUGGUCGAUCUGUUAUGAAGACUAAUGAAAUUAUCUUUUUUUUUUUUUUUUUUUUAUUUCACUCCGCAACAGCUUUUGUACAUAGAAGAGUCAAAUAUUUGUUGCAACAGUACCUUUUAUUAUAUGCUGUAAAACGAAUGGACACAAUGAGUAUUAUAGAACCAUUUUGUGGAUUAACCAUAGGGAUUGACAAAACAAUCUCAAUUCAAGGUCCAUUUACUGGGCUUUUGAAGAGCUUUCAACAUCAUCUAAGAAUCCACAUGGACUGACAGACUGAGCAAACUCCAUCCACUGAUGAAGGUUGUGAGAUGUGAUUUUAAAGUGAAGACAAAGUGAGUAUGGAGACCUUGAGUCAAGGUUAUUAUGUCAAACAACAGAUCUGUGUGACUGUUCACACCUAACCACUAUUGCUUUACAAAUAUAACUUUUUGCUAAAUAUAGCAUGUAUCAACAUAUUUCAUCUGCCCGAUAAACAAAAUAAUGCAACUGUUUUUAAUCAAUGAAGUGCACUAUUUUGAGUGUUGAUUAA